GUCGUCAGCAAUCGUAAGGAGGCCACCUGCAUUGCAUUAUGCAUCAACUGGUUUCGCUUUGGUUUUGCAUUUCACUCGUUGCCACCACCAUCUUCACUCUCACCCGCUGCACUCCGUUUGAGGAUGGGAACAACAACAAUGUCAAGAUCACCAAGCGGAGCCUGGAGCUGACACAAACCAUCAAUAUUCAGCGGCAGGAGUAUAUGCAGCGCCAAUGCGAGCUACUCGGCGAGCACACCCAGACCCAGGAGGAUCUCACGGAGCUGCAAAUGGAUCAUAUGAUUGUGGACAAGCAGCACAAGCUGCUCUACUGCUAUGUGCCAAAGGUUGCCUGCACGAACUGGAAGCGAGUGCUGAUGCUACUAACGGGGAAGUGGCAUAAUGGCACAGAUCCCCUGCAAAUCCCCGGUUCUCUGGCCCAUUCGGUGGGCAUGUUCGCCAAGUUCUACGAUUUGAGCGAUCAGGAGAAGCAGCAGGUGCUCAGCGAAGACUAUACGCGCUUCAUCCUGGUGCGGCAUCCAUUCGAGCGACUGCUUUCCGCCUAUCGCAACAAACUGGAGGGUGAUUCCCCGAGUGCUCGGUACUUUCAGUCGCGUGUGGGCAGGCAGAUUGUGCGGGAACUGCGCCCGGAAGCCAGCAACAAGUCGCUAGAACAUGGGGACGACGUCACGUUUGGAGAAUUCGUGGAGUAUCUGCUUACUCCAGAGCUCAGCAGGGCCAAUCAAUCGGCGUACAAUGAGCACUGGGAGGUGAUAGCCAAGCUGUGCAAUCCCUGCGUAAUGAAAUACAAUGUUGUGGGCAAAUAUGACACAUUGCUGGAUGAUUCCGCAUUGGCGUUGUAUCUGGCCGGAGCCACAAAUCUGACAUUCCCCACCGGCCACAAGCCCUCCAGCACGCGUGCCAAUCUUCGUAAAUACUUCGAUCCCCUGCCAAUCGGUGCCAUACGCCAGUUGUACGAAAUAUACGAGGAGGACUUUCGCUUCUUCGACUACGGCAUGGACGAUGUUCUGGGCUUCGAAUUCGGCUGAAUGAAUGAAUUUGUAAUGUGAAUGCUCUCUGUUAUGUCCGAGUCACUACCAUAACGCUUUCCACUGGAAAAGAAUGUGAUUUUUAUCAUAGGAUUCGUAUUAGCAAAUAUUGGUUUAGUUAACGUUUAGUGAAGCGCCAUGCGAAUAUUAUUUUACAUUCACCCCUCUCCACACAAAUAUCACAAACAUUAUUCGAUUAUUACUCGUAGUAGUUGUGUUCGGUUUGUUUAAGAGAUUAUUAAUGCAAUCAAAGUGUUAAUUUGUUAGGGAAAUUAUACUGUAAUCAUACGUUUACGAUAUAUAUUGUACGAUAUAUAAGUAUUUUAUUUGAUUUUAAUUAUACGCCAAAUGUAGUUAUUAUAAACGUAUUAAAUGUAUUCGGUUAUGUUGGAAAAAUACUUUGACGUUUGUGUUUAAAUUAGAUUAGUUAGAUUUAGAAUGGACAACAGUAUACCUUCAGUUUGAUGCGUAAAUGGUUUGGAGGAUAGUCUAUAAAUAUUGUUAUCUGUAAGAAUUAUUAUUAUAGAUUGAUGCUUAAAAGAUGUGGAAGAUAACUCUGUACUGUAAUCUCUUAGCAUUGCAUUGUUGAAGACCAAGAACAACAUGUUUACUAUUAAAGUUAUUUGAUUUUUAGACGGUGUAUAGGAUAGCUCUGUAAGUAUUGUAAAUUGGGCAAAAAUUAUUCCAAUUAUUAAAAGUUUUUGGCUUA